AUGCCACCACCGCCGCUUCCGCAGCGCCGCGCGACGCGCCCGCGCCCCAUCCGCCGCAGGGUGUUCGUCCGAUCGUCGGACACCCUGGAGGCCAUCAUUGCAUCGGGCCAGGCAACCCUCGCCGCCCGCGCUGCAGCAGCCAUGAACAGUCCGGCAGUCGGCGCCGGCGAAGAAUCCUUCGCCGCGAGCCCACUCGCACUUUCACCGGCUCCAUCCUCCCCGGCCUCAUCGCUGCCGGCCAUCGCCUGGCCGGCUAGCCCAGCCGACCCACGCGCCGCCGACCCGCGCGCCCCCGCGCCCCGCACCGAUUUUCGCGCUGUGGCGCCUCGCCACGACCCGCGCGCGGCCGCGCCGCCUGUCGCCGUGCCGUCCCGCGCCGACCCGAGAGCGGCCGCGUCUCGCGCUGACGUGAGCGCCGCCCCGCGCGCCGUACCCGCGCCCGCGUCCGCGGCCACACCGACCGCCGCGCCGCGCGCAUCUCUCCAACCCGCCGCGCCGGCGACUCUCUCUCCGUCGCCGCACGCGCCGCGCUUCCCGGCCCCACAGGACAACAUUGCUGUGGGCCGUUUUCCCUCUCCGCCGCAAAGGAGAGGAGAGAAAACACCGGCCUUCACUCCACCAAAUAUGCCGGCCCUGUCUCCGGAACCCAUGGAGACCGCGCCGGCGAGUGAGCCCGGCCCCUCCUACGCAGCUGCUGCGGCCGCUGCAAAGAGGCCCAAGACGACCCCGUCGGGCACCGCUCCAGUGCGCGCUCCUGCGCCCGCGCCCGCCGCCGCCGCCACCGUCGACCCCAGCAAGACGCCGAAGCCGAAGGCCGCCCGCUACCCUCCGCUGAUCGUGGAGGUGCUGCCGGACUGGCCCACUCACUUCCGCGAGCUGAAGAGGCUCCUCGGCCAUGCUCCCAACGGACGCCCAUUUGGCAAGGGUGUCCGCUUUAUACCCAAGUCGGACCAGGAGUUCCGCGCCAUCCAGCGCUACCUUACGCAGCUGGAGAGCGCCAGCGGAAUCUCCUGGUUCUGCUACUCGCUGCCGGCUGAAAGGAGCCUCAAAGUCGCGAUCCGCGGUCUGCCGGCGAACACAGAGCCGGAGCUCGUCGAGGCAGAGCUGCGCGAGCUCGGAUACGUCCCCGAGCACGUGAGGACGAUCCCCGCGCGUCCAGGCAGGCCUGGAUGCCUCAUGUUCGCGCAGCUGCAGCGGACACCAGACAUCACACCGGGCAUAUACGAGGUGCACGAGCUCCUCUGUAUGCCCGGCAUCACUAUUGAGGCCUGGCGUGGCAGGAAGGGGCCCGCCCAAUGCCACAGGUGCCAGCAGUGGCGGCACAGUUCGGUAAACUGUCACCGACCCCUAGUCUGCGUGGCCUGUGCGGGAAACCACGCAGCCAGGGACUGUCCGCGCCCCAAAGAAGAGCCGCCGACGUGCGCCAACUGUGGCGACGCGCACACGGCGAACAACGCCAACUGCCCCGUGUUCCGCAAGGAGCUGCGGAACCGUAGGGCGGGCACUGUCGCGCGCACCGCACCGGCGCACGCCGCCGCCGCCGCCUCGACAACCGAGGCCAACGCACCCGGCUCGCUCAUGGCUGCCGCCAACCAGCCACAGCAGCAACCGGGCCGCAAGCGCCGCCGCAGACGUGGCAAGCGCGCGCAGCCGCGCCAUGACACGGCGCCGGCCGCGCCACAGCCCUCUGCCAAGCGCCCGACGGCGGCCGCAUCCGCGGCUCCCGCCGCGCCACAGCCUCCUACCAAGCGCCCGACGGCGGCUGCACCCGCGCCGCCAGCCGCCCAGUCCAAGCCCACCGUGGUCGCCGCUCCCGCGAGGGAGACGAAGGCGAAGCGGAAGGGCGCGCCGCGCCCGGCACCUCAGCCGGCCCCCGGCCACUUGGACUCCAGACUUACCAAAGUCAUCGGCACCCUACACCAGGUUCUGUUGGCAAUCCAGGAGCAGCGUGAUCCAGCCCCGCUGAUCCUCGCCUGCAUCAUGGAGCUCUGCAGCUCUGAGUGA